AUGGCCAUCCGACGCGCUGACGGCCGUACGCCGCGCGAGCUGCGGCCCGUGAGCAUUACCUGGGAGAAAUUGGCUCGGGCAGACGGAAGCGCGCGUUUCGCGUUCGGCCCCACAGACGUCCCACCCGCCCGCGAACACCCCGCCCGCGCAUAUCUCGACGUCCAAGCCCGACCCAUAUCCGGCGUCCCAGGCCCCUCAUCCCGUGCGCUAGCGAAUACGAUCAAAGGAUGCCUGAGCGCGAGUCUGGAGUUGGGGAGGUACCCGCGGACGAUGGUGCAGGUUGUCGUUCAGAGUCUUAGCUCUGACUCGGUGACAAUUGGAUCUGCAAGGGAGGAUGACGAUGUGGAGGAAGGGGAAGGAGUGGAAGCGGGGAAGAAGAGGAAGAGGUGGUCAGGCGAAUACGCGCCCGCACACGCCGCAUCUCUCAACGCCGCCUCCUGCGCGUCCCUCAACGCAGGUUCGGUAUCAUCGACCGGAACACUCUGUGCCAUUUCUCUCUCACGCACACAGUCCUGCGCACUGUACGUCGAUCCUACGCCGGAAGAAUGGACCGACGCAGAAGCGAGAGGGUGGUUCGUGUUCCUCGUUACGCGCGAUGAGGUCGAGGAUGAGAGUAGCGGGAGCGAUGAGGAUGAGGAUGGGCUGAGGUGUAGGGCUGUGUGGCAGAGCUGGACUGUAGCUGGUGGAGGAGAGGUCGAGAAUGGGGAAGUCGAGGAGGCGAGGGAUGUUGCGGAGGAAGGCGCCAAGGCCGUUUGGCAUGCGAUGAGGAGGGCUGUCGCGGAGACAUAUGGGGAGAUCCUGGCGAUACCUGUCAAUAAUGAGGGAAAAGACGUCAGGAUGGGAAGUAGUGGGGAGAGUACGGGCAGCGAAGGAAGUGAAAGCGAGGACGACGAGGAGAAAAUGGAGAUAUGA